GGUUCCUCGCGGGGCCUGGGGUCUGUUUCCCCUCCCGUCCCUGCUCCCUGCCUGGCGCGCGCGGGGCGCCGCUCCCCUUCUCGGACCCCUGGUCCUCGGCCCUGCUGCCGGCCUCCUCCCUGUGGGGCUUGCGCGUCCCUCGUUGCCCGGCGCUCGCUGUCUUGGCACAGUCUCCGGCGCCGCCUUCGCCCCCACCGACGGGCCCAGGGACGGGGUCUGUUCCCCGCUCUCGCAGCCGCCGGCCCCGGCUCGCAGAACAAACCGAGCUGGACCCCCUGCUCCUCCUCUGCAGCCUGUGACGUAGCCGAUUUAUUUCUGUUUUGAGACGAACGGCGAAGACCCGCGCUGGGCCUUAUUUGUAGGGCUAGAAUUGGUCUUUGGUAGCUGAGAGGUAGAGCAGGGGCGCCGGGCCCCUGGCAGGGUCGUGUCCGGAGUCAGCCGCGCUUCUGUCUGCGGUCACAGAACCCCUGCGUUGUCUUUAGCUGCUGCUUGUCCUCUGGGUUUGCUUUCGGUUUGUUUCAUUUAGUCCCUGGAGCCCUGGUAAAACCAGGUGCCGAAUCGCUCUUACGCAGCAAGAGUUACGGUAAUUUGCUGGCUGUCUGCUCCCGGACGAAGGUGGGCAGCUCAGCCUCUCCGCAGCUGGGAUUCGUAGAAUGGUCUGCUAGAUGGUUCUAUCAGCCAUUGCUCCUCCGAGAGGUUGUCAGUGCUGAGUCACGCAUCUGUCUACCUCAUUUGGGUGGGCAGAACUUAUGUGUACCAUGCAGUGGCUCCAGACCGCUCCCGAGUGGCAGGAGGAGGGGUUACUGUAGCCACUGCCUUUCCUUCACACUUGGCAGUGAGCAGAGUAGAAAGAGAUUCUGGUCCCUUCCCUGUGCCCGCCUGCCAGAGUAGGUCAGCAGCCCCUCCAGUCGCCUGAGUCAGGCAUGGUGCCAGAGCCAGGCAUUCUUCAGGAAAGGCCCACUGAGGCAGACUCCUCUGGUUGGUGGCAGUUGUUUCGCUGGAUCAUGUGCUUUUCCCUAUCCCCUUCUUUGUCAGUGGUGUCAUCUCUUGACUUAGGUCCAGCGUACAGAUGUGUGUAGUCCUUUAUAGGUUAGGUUUAGCAGUAUUGCGUUUUACUUCCUCCCUUUUCUACUGGCCAGAAUCCCCAUUUGAGUGAAAUUCGUUCUCAUAAUUAUUACCAUUUGGGCCAAGGAUUAGAUCCAGCAUCUUGGCGGUUGAAGACUAGGCAGAAGGAGUUGUGAAGACUGGACAGUCAAUAUUCCUGGGGAUGCUGGGCCUGGAAGCCAGCACACCUUGCUGUGUUGUUGACCUCAUUGACCCCAGGUUUCCUGGUUAAAACUGCAGGCCUGCUACUGGUCUGGCACCCGUGAAACCAUUGAUCCUUAAGGCUGUGCCCCCUGGGGCACCCAUAUGGCAGGGCCCACCACCACCAUGAGACUGAGCUCCCUGUUGGCUCUGCUGCGGCCAGCACUGCCCCUUAUCCUAGGACUGUCUCUGGGGUGCAGCCUGAGCCUCUUGCGGGUUUCCUGGAUCCAGGGUGAGGGAGAAGAUCCCUGUGUAGAGGCUGUGGGGGAGCCAGGAGGGCCACAGAAUUCAGACUCAAGAAGUCAGCUAGACCAAAGUGAUGAAGACUUCAAACCCCGGAUUGUCCCCUACUACAGGGAUCCCAACAAGCCCUACAAGAAGGUGCUCAGGACUCGGUACAUCCAGACAGAGCUGGGCUCUCGUGAGCGGUUGCUUGUAGCUGUCCUGACUUCCCGGGCCACACUCUCCACUCUGGCUGUGGCCGUGAACCGCACAGUGGCCCACCACUUUCCUCGGUUACUCUACUUUACUGGGCAGCGAGGGGCCCGGGCUCCGGCAGGGAUGCAGGUGGUGUCGCAUGGGGAUGAGCGGCCAGCCUGGCUCAUGUCAGAGACCCUGCGACACCUUCACACGCACUUUGGGGCCGACUACGACUGGUUCUUCAUCAUGCAGGAUGACACGUAUGUGCAGGCCCCCCGCCUGGCAGCCCUUGCUGGCCACCUCAGCAUCAACCAAGACCUAUACUUGGGCCGGGCAGAGGAAUUCAUUGGCGCAGGCGAGCAGGCCCGGUACUGUCAUGGGGGAUUUGGCUACCUGUUGUCACGGAGUCUCCUGCUUCGCUUGCGGCCGCAUCUAGAUGGCUGCCGAGGAGACAUUCUCAGUGCCCGUCCUGACGAGUGGCUUGGCCGCUGCCUCAUCGACUCCCUGGGCAUCGGCUGUGUCUCACAGCACCAGGGGCAGCAGUAUCGCUCAUUCGAACUGGCCAAAAAUAGGGACCCCGAGAAGGAGGGGAGCUCGGCUUUCCUGAGUGCCUUCGCCGUGCACCCUGUCUCCGAGGGCACCCUCAUGUACCGGCUCCACAAACGCUUCAGUGCUCUGGAGUUGGAGCGGGCUUACAGUGAAAUAGAACAACUCCAGGCUCAGAUCCGGAACCUGACAGUGCUGACCCCGGAGGGGGAGGCAGGGCUGAGCUGGCCUGUCGGGCUCCCGGCCCCUUUCACACCACGCUCUCGCUUUGAGGUGCUGGGCUGGGACUACUUCACAGAGCAGCACACCUUCUCCUGUGCAGAUGGGGCUCCCAAGUGCCCACUGCAGGGGGCUAGCAGGGCAGACGUGGGCGACGCUGUGGAGACUGCCCUGGAGCAGCUCAAUCGGCGCUAUCAGCCUCGCCUGCGCUUCCAGAAGCAGCAGCUGCUCAACGGCUACCGGCGUUUUGAUCCAGCACGGGGCAUGGAGUACACCCUGGACUUGCUCUUGGAAUGUGUGACUCAGCGUGGGCACCGGCGGGCCCUGGCCCGCAGGGUCAGCUUGCUGCGGCCACUGAGCCGGGUGGAAAUCCUACCUAUGCCCUAUGUCACCGAGGCCACCCGAGUGCAGCUGGUGCUACCGCUCCUGGUGGCUGAAGCUGCUGCGGCCUUGGCUUUCCUUGAGACCUUUGCAGCCAGUGUUCUGGAGCCACGAGAACAUGCCUUGCUCACCCUGCUUCUGGUCUAUGGGCCACGAGAAGGUGGCCGUGGGGCGCCAGACCCGUUUCUUGGGGUGAAGGCUUCAGCGGCCGAGUUAGAGCGACGGUACCCUGGGACAAGGCUCGCCUGGCUUGCUGUGCGAGCAGAAGCCCCUUCCCAGGUGCGACUCAUGGACGUGGUCUCCAAGAAGCACCCCGUGGACACUCUCUUCUUCCUCACCACUGUGUGGACGAGGCCUGGGCCGGAAGUCCUCAACCGCUGCCGCAUGAAUGCCAUCUCUGGCUGGCAGGCCUUCUUUCCAGUCCAUUUCCAGGAGUUCAACCCUGCCCUGUCACCACAGAGGUCACCCGCAGGGCCCCCAGGGGCUGGCCCUGACCCUCCAUCCCCUCCUGGUGCUGACCCUUCCAGGGGGGCUCCCGUGGGGGGCAGAUUUGACCGGCAGUCAUCUGCAGAGGGCUGCUUCUACAAUGCUGACUACCUGGCGGCCCGAGCCCGGCUGGCUGGUGAACUGGCAGGUCAGGAAGAGGAGGAAGCCCUGGAGGGGCUGGAGGUGAUGGAUGUUUUCCUCCGGUUCUCAGGGCUCCACCUCUUUCGGGCCGUAGAGCCAGGGCUGGUGCAGAAGUUCUCCCUGCGGGACUGCAACCCACGGCUCAGUGAGGAACUCUACCACCGCUGCCGCCUCAGCAACUUGGAGGGGCUGGGGGGCCGUGCCCAGCUGGCCAUGGCUCUGUUUGAGCAGGAGCAGGCCAACAGCACUUAGCACCCCCCAGGGCUGUAACCUUACAUUUCCCUGUGUCUGCCUGAGCCCCAGGAAGGGCAAGGCAGGGUGAUGGACAGAUGGAGGGCUUGCCGCUGUAUUUUUUUUACAAGAAAAUGUUAUUAAAAGUGUCUUCUGCCAAACU